GGGAAAAAAGGACCGCUUCCGUGUUUUUGGUGACCUGUAAUAGCGAUAACUGCGUUAGAUAAAACAAGAUUUAUAAAUCGCUAGUUAGCCGUUUAGAAUGAUUUUUAAGCAAAGGGUUUAACAAUUGUUUAUUAGAAAAAAUGUCGCUUCAGCAAGGGUCGAAAAAAAAGGACAAGCGUAUUUUGUCUGGUACCUGCCCGGAUCCAAAGUGCCAGGCGAGGCUGUUUUACCCUGCUUAUGGCUCUGUUAGUAUUGAAUGUACCGAGUGCGGACAACGCCAUGAACAGAAGAACCUCCAAAAUGUGGAAGAAGUCACCGACCCAGACGUGGUGCUUCACAAUCUGCUCAGAAAUGCGCUACUUGGGGUGACGGGUGCCCCCAAAAAAGGGACCGAGUUGGUGAAAGUGAUGGGGCUGUCCAACUACCACUGUAAGCUGCUGUCUCCAAUUCUCACCAGGUAUGGAAUGGAUAAACAAACGGGGAAAGCCAAACUAUUGAGGGAAAUGAACCAGGGAGAAAUGUUUGACUGUUUUCUUUUGGGGGAUAGGGCAUUUCUAAUUGAACAGGAGCAUGUGAGUACUGUUGGCUAUGGCAAAGAUCGUUCAGGAAGCCUAAUUUACUUGCAUGACACUCUGGAGGAGAUGAAGAAAGCCAAUGGGAAUCAAGAGUGCCUGAUCCCUGUGCAUGUUGACGGGGAUGGUCACUGCUUGGUCCAUGCCGUGUCCAGGGCACUGGUGGGUAGAGAGCUCUUCUGGCAUGCUUUACGGGAGAACUUGAAACAGAAUUUCAAGGAAAACUUAGAUCGCUAUAAGGCACUUUUUCAAGACUUCAUUGAUGCAGCUGAAUGGGAGGACAUCAUCAAUGAGUGUGACCCUUUGUUUGUCCCACCUGAGGGGGUACCACUGGGACUGCGGAAUAUUCAUAUUUUUGGACUGGCAAAUGUGUUGCACCGUCCCAUCAUCCUGUUGGACUCUCUGAGUGGAAUGAGAAGCUCUGGUGAUUACUCUGCCACAUUUCUACCUGGACUGGUGCCUGAGGAAAAGUGCAUGGGGAAGGACGGGCAGUUUAACAAGCCAAUCUGUAUCGCCUGGAGCAGCUCGGGUCGCAACCAUUACAUACCUCUUGUUGGAAUAAAAAAUGCUUCUUUACCUAGACUGCCUGCAAAGCUGCUCCCCAAAGCCUGGGGAGUCCCACAAGAACUUAUUAAGAAGUACAUACAAUUAGAGCCAGAUGGGAGCUGCAUAAUUGGAGGGGACAGAAGCCUGCAGGAUAAAUAUCUGAUGAGACUGGUUCAUGCAAUGGAAGAGGUCUUCAUGGACAAGCAUGCCAUCCACCCAUCUCUGGUGGCAGACGUACAUCAGUAUGUGUACAGGAGGACUGGUGUAGUAGGAGUCCAGCCUGAAGAAGUUACUGAGGCAGCCAGAAAAGCAGUGAUAGAAAACCGCCUUCACCGUUGCUUGAUCUGUAAUGCACUUUCAGAGCUCCACGUGCCUCCAGAGUGGCUAGCCCCAGGCGGAAAGCUAUAUAACCUGGCUAAAACCACACAUGGGCAACUCAGGGCUGACAAAAACUACAGCUUUCCUCUAAACAACCUGGUGUGCUGUUAUGACCCUGUAAAGGAUGUUCUUAUGCCUGACUACAAGUCAACCCAUUUGAAUUCCUGCAAUUAUUGCCACGGCACCUCUGUGCGCCACAUCCGGGGGGAUGGCUCUGUUGUUUACUUGGAUGGAGACAGAACUAAUACUCGGUCCCAUGGAGGCAAGUGCGGCUGCGGGUUCAAGCAUUUCUGGGACGGGAAGGAAUAUGAUAACCUGCCUGAGGCCUUUCCUAUCACCUUGGAAUGGAAUGGACGAAUAGUGAGAGAAACUGUGUACUGGUUCCAAUACGAAAUUGAGCCAUCACUGAAUAGUAAUGUUUACGAUGUUGCAAUGAAGCUAGUCACCAAGCAUUUCCCUGGAGAGUUUGGGAGCGAGAUCCUAGUCCAGAAGGUAGUGAACACCAUUUUAAAUCACACGGCCAAAAAGAACCCAGAUGAAUAUACCCCUGUUUCCAUUGAUGGAGCACAUGGUCAGAUGCUUGAGGAAGUGCAGGAGGGGCAAGUAGCUGUGGAUGUGCAGCCACCAACAAAAAUAAUCUUAACUGGACAGAAAGCAAAGACUCUGCACAAGGAGGAGCUUAAUAUGAGCAAGACAGAGCGCAGCAUACAGCAGAGCAUCACAGAGCAUGCCUCUGUAAUGCAGAAAAAAAGAACUGACAAGUUGAAGCAAGUUCAAAAGGGACAGGCUAGGUCAGCCUCCCCUGGACCAACCCAAGAUGGACCCUCUGCUCCAGCCACUCCCACCAAAGCCCCCUACUCCCCCAAAUGUAGCAAGGAAAAGAAGAUUCGUGUAACCACCACCGACGGGCGGCAGGCCAUGCUGACACUCCAGACAGGGACCACCUUUUCGGAGCUGCAGAAUAGCAUUGCCAAAGAAUUUACUGUUCCUCCAGCCCUGCAGUGCAUCCGCUAUGGUUUCCCUCCCAAGGAGCUCUCCCGCCCAAAAGAGGGGAUGGAGAAUGAGCCUGUGCCGCUGCAGCAUGGUGACAGGGUGACACUGGAGACUUUAAAGGACCCCAGGGAGGAGGAGGAGGAGGCAGCAGCAGCAGCAGCCCACACAGCGUCCACAUCCGCAUCCUUGUCUACGUCUUCACACCAUUCCGUUAGGAGUGAGGAGCCAGCAACUUCCAGUAGAAUGACUUCUAGAGAACUGCAGGACCACAUUGAUCUGGAGAUGUCUUCACUCUGCCUUCUAGCAACCUUAAUGGGAGAAGAUGUCUGGUCUUAUGCAAAAAAGCUGCCUCAGUUGUUUCAGUGUGGUGGAGUGUUUUACAACAUUAUGAAGAAAGACAUGGGUCUUGUGGAUGGUAAGCAUUGUACUUUACCCCAUAUCCCUGGUAAGACCUUUGUGUUCAGUGCAGCGGAAGACCGGUUAGAAUUGUGCGUGGAUGCUGCAGGACAUUUUCCAGUAGGUCCUGAUGUUGAAGACCUGGUGAAAGAGGCCUUAAAUCAACUCCAGCCAGAGGUUGCCUCAAGAAGCAGAGAGGGUAGUCCCUCGCAUGGUGUACUUAAACUUGGGAGUGGAGGCGUGGUGAGGAAGAAAUCUGAGCAGCCACACAGUGUGAUGGCUUUCCAGGGAAAAGGUCAUUCUCUAGGAACUGCGUCUGGCAGCUCUCCUCCAGACCAGAAGUCGAGAGAAAAGAAAAUCUCUAGGAAGCACAGCAGCGGGGUAGAUUUGAGUGCUAGUGUUUCUAAGCAAGGGGCUUCUCUGACUAAAAUUUCUAAUGACGCCAAAGAGCUUAUCCGUAUGGCUCCUGGGUUUGUAACUCUGAAAGAUGGAAGGAACUUGGACCCAAACGUGAUUGAGGCCCAGCGGAAAAAGCUGCAGGAAAUGGUUUCUUCCAUUCAGGCCUCAAUGGAUAAACAUUUGCAGGAGGAAAACAUAGGGGAUUCCCUACUUGCCGACCCUGCUCAAAGGAACGCAGAUGCUGGAGAUUCAGCAAGCAGGACAGAAAGUGCCCCGGCGAGUGUGACAGAGUCUGUUCCAGAGACUGGUGACCGAGAACUUUCAGGCAUGGAAGUGGCUGCUAUUGGCAUAGCAAAUCUUGUCAAAAUGACACUUCCCUCUACUUCAGCGAAUAGGGCCCAAGAAAAAAGUGUUGUCAGUGAGGAACUGGAAGAAAUGGAUAGCCAGGACACAGAGCUGACAGGUGCUACUGAGCCAAUGGAUCACUCUUGAUUGACAAACCGUUAUGGUGCAGGAAGAGAAAAAAAGGAAGAGUGUGAUACUUGCAAAAACUGCAUAAAGAAGGCUUGUCGUAGUAAGUUCAUCAGGUUAUAUUAAAAUAUAUGGAUUAUUGAUUUUAUCUCUCUUUACUGCAGGGCAGCAAGUAUAAGAUUGUUAGUGCAUAUUACAGCUUCUGCCUUACUGCUACCCAGGCUGAUUCUGAAAUUCCUGUAUACAGGACAUACAGCUAUGGCCAAAAGUUUUGCAUCCUCUAGAAUUUUAGGAUUGAGAAAUCAUUGAAAAAAAAAAGCACUAUAUUAACAUAAUGUUGAUUUGUUAUUUAACAUCAUGUGAUCCAAGAAAAAAUUAUAUUGCAAAAGUCUACCGGAAGCCAUAA